CUGGUUCACCCAGAUAAAUAAUAGUACAUGAGUGAGAAGCAGUAAUACGUUAACUUCAUCAUGUAUGGGGUAUUAAGUGGUCUAAGUGUACUGUUGGAGCUAGAUGAAGUCAAGACUGAUAAUUACAUGCUAAGGCUUCAUUAUGUUGCAUGUGUAUCAAUUCUAGUUGGUUACAGUGCUAUAAUAACAGUAAAUACUUAUGCUGGAGAUCCCAUUGAUUGUCUAACAUCUCAUCCUCAAGCCCCAGGUUUAGAUUUCCUUGAUUCUUUUUGCUAUAUUCAUGGAACAGAAACACUGGCAUGGAAUAUAGAGGGAGCAGGGCCAAAAUCUAAUAAGAGUGUGGUAGAGAUGGACUGUGGUAGUGAAGAAGAAUGUGGCAGAAAGCACUCCUAUUAUCAAUGGGUUGCAAUUGUUAUUCUAUUUCAGGCUGGUCUAUUCUACCUACCCCGGUAUAUUUGGUACGGAUGGGAAGGUGGUCAAAUGAUGAACAUGAUUGGAACUCUGGCAAAACAACCCAAAUUCUUUAUUGAUGCUGAACCAGAUAACUGCGGGAUAAUUGAACUGGGAAAUGUUUUAAACCUAACAUCAUCUGGAUGUGAAAGAACAGAGGGUCUUGCUAAGCUGUAUUUGAAUGGUUUGGGUUCAAAUCGAUUUUACAUCUGUAAAUUUUCAAUCAUUGAGAUGCUAAGCCUUAUAGUUGCUUGGUUACAGUAUCUGAUAUCUGAUGGAUUUCUGGAUGGAGCAAUGUCUAAACAUGGACUAUCCUUAUUCCAGGAUAUUCUUCAAGUUGAAUCUAAAAGAACUGAUAUGCUUGAAUGGUCCCUUCCUAUACGCUCAAGAUGUGAGUACAGUCAGUUUGGAUCAGCUGGAAACAAAAUAACUGUAGAUGCCCUUUGUGUACUCCCCAAUAAUGUACUGCACCAGAAAUUUUUUGUUUUCUGGGGAAUUUGGUUGGUUGGAGUCAUACUGUACACUUCGAUACACAUGCUGGGGAGAGCUCUGCUCUUCUUUAUACCAGCUUUCCGUCUCUUCGUAGCGACAUCUCUCUGGGCAGAAUCUGAAAACAAAACUGGAAGCCAGAAAGUCUUAAAAUAUAUCUUUCAAAAUAUCAGUUACUCUGACUGGCAAAUCUUGACUUUUAUACAUGGAAAUCUGGCGACCUAUAAUUUUAUGCUUUUCCUGGAGGAUCUAUCAUAUCAUUACUAUCAGGAAAAUGCGCAAGAACGGGUUUUCCUGAAAGCUCUAGGAUUGGUUCAACACAAAACCCCCAACGAGAAGAGUGUUGAAAAAGCUGAGUAUUUGCAGGAAUCCGAAAAUCCUGAAUACUUUAUUUGAUAAUUCUUGUAAAAGUGAUCAAAAAAUAAAUACAUAAAAUUCAUAUCUACAUACAUCAUAAAAUACAACAUUUUGAGAAUUCAA